GGUUUUGCUUAUUCAAGUCCAAACUCUACAAUUCUACAAUUCACUCAAAAGGGUUUUGGUUAGGGUUUAUCACACUCAAUUGUUCUAGCGCAUCUGAUAGCAAAAAUGAGAAGGGCAUCAUUCAAAUUUCUCCAUGUCUCCAAACUCAAAUCGUCAACAACACCCAUAAUUUCACGUCUAUUAACCACCCAAAUCUCGUCAACUUCAGCUUCAACCAAUCAAUCAACAACAAACCCAUCUUUUUCUUCAUCUACCCAUGUAAAUUUUCCCCCUAAAUUAAAGGGUUUACUGUUUUCAUCUCCAAAAACCCAUCAAUUCCAGAAAAACCCAUCUCAAAAUUUCAGUACCCGACUUAUAAAUCCUUCUAAAUUGCCGUCUAGACAGAGAAAAAUUACAGAAAGAGCCCAAAUUGAAGAGGAAUUUGAGGAAGCAAAGACAGCAGAAGAAAUGCUUGAAGCUUUUAAAGAAAUGGAGGCAAAUUUUGAUGAGAAAGAUCUUGGAUUAGCUAGCUUGAAAAUUGCUCUUCAACUUGAGCAAGAAGGUGCGGACCCUGAAAAGAUUCAAACUUAUGCUAAUAGAGCUUUAUCUGCUGUAAGUAUUGAUGAUAAAAAUUCAUUACCUGUUGCAAUGACUUUACAGCUUUUGGGUUCUACUAAUUUAAGCUUAAAGAAGUAUAAUGAUGCUUUAAUUUAUCUUAAUAAGGCUAAUAAGAUGUUAAUUAGAUUAGAGGAAGAGGGUAAUUUUAAACCUCAUGAUAUAAAACCUAUUCAAUAUACUGUUUAUAUGGAAUUGGCUAAUACUAUGACUGCUAUGGAUAGAAGAGAGGAGGGUUUAGAGAAUUUGAAAAAGUCUGUGGAAAUCAAGGAGUUUUUAUUGGGGAAAGAUAGUAAAGAAGUUGGUAAUGCAUAUAGAGACUUAGCGGAGGCGUAUGUAGCGAUUUUGAACUUUAAGGAAGGCUUGCCUUAUUGUUUGAAAGCAUUGGAGGUGCAUAAGGAAGAAUUAGGGAAUAACUCGGUUGAGGUUGCACAUGAUAGGCGGCUUCUUGGUGUUAUUUAUACCGGAAUGGAUCAGCAUGAGAAGGCAUUAGAGCAAAACCAGUUAGCUCAGAAGGUUUUAAAGAAUUGGGGUCGAACCGCUGAUUUGCUUCGUGCUGAGAUUGAUGCCGCUAAUAUGCAUGUAGCUCUUGGGAAGUAUGAUGCCGCUAUAAACACAUUGAAAAGUGCUGUUCAGCAGACGGAGAAGGGUAGUGAGAAUCGAGCUCUUAUUUUUAUUACUAUGGCUAAAGCAUUGGUUUGUCAAAACAAGUAUCCUGAUGCAAAGAGGUGUUUAGAGAUUUCUUGUGGUAUACUCGACAAAAAGGAAAAGUCGAAACCAUUAGAAGUUUCUGAGGCGUAUAUGGAGAUGUCGAUGCAAUAUGAGACGAUGAAUGAGUUUGAAAUCGCUGUUUCUUUGUUAAAAAGAGCUCUUGCUUUGCUUGAGAUGCUACCUCAAGAGCAGCAUUCUGCAGGAAGUGUAUCUUCUAGGAUUGGUUGGUUGCUCUUAUUGACAGGUAAGGUUACGCAGGCUAUUCCAUAUUUGGAAAGUGCUGCUGAAACCCUGAAAGAGAGCUUUGGUUCCAAGCAUUUUGGAGUUGCUUAUAUCUAUAACAACUUGGGGGCGGCUUACAUGGAGUUGGAAAGACCAGAGUCCGCGGCACAGAUGUUUGCUGUUGCAAAGGAUAUAAUGGAUGUUGCACUUGGUCCUCAUCACGCUGAUACGAUUGAUACGUGUCAAAACAUGUCAAAAGCAUAUGCUGCCAUGGGAAGCUACCCCCUUGCAAUAGAAAUCCAACAAAAGGCAGUUGAUGCAUGGCAUGGUCAUGGGGUAAUGGCACAAGAUGCACUUGCAGAAGCGAUAAGAGUUCUUGACAUGCUGAAGAUGAAAGCACUUGGUGUUUCAGACUCCCUGUCUGAAGCGUCCACAACAAAUGCGUUGCCCUUACCUCAAAGUAGCGAUCCUACAAGGAGCUUGCAACCGAAUCGCUUACCAAAUACACCGUGGAGGCAAUGAGAUGCAUUUUUGACAAAUUGUAUCAACUUAUGCACCACUGGUAUGACCUAUUACAGGAGGGAGGGAGAGAAUAUCCGUUUAUUACAUUAAAUUGACGCUGUGAUCUUAGAACCAAAAUGUUCGGGUAUAGCAUGUCUUCCCUCGUAAUGGCUUGUGUAAGCUUGAAAAUCUUGUAUCUGAAAACCUUGUAAAAUGGAAGGUGGUUGCCUGCUUGAUUCAAAUGAUGGAUUACUGAAGAAGGUGACUCUGGUUGGCGCUUCAGUGGCGUUGCUCUUUCAAAGCACCGUAGCUUUCAGAUUCCGCCUCAUUUUCUGAUGCUCAUGACUAUAUCGUAUUUCUCUUAGUUUGUGAAAAUCUUCAAGUGCCCAUGCCCCAUCGUAAAUUAUACUCCGAUUAUAUUAGUUUUCUUUAAGAAAAUUGUAGAAGUAGUUCAAUAAAUUAUGCAAUAUUACAUGUCAAAUGUCAUGGCCUCUUUUUUUUUUUUUUU